AUGGAACAACAAACCUUCUUCUACCUCCAACUCCUCCUCAUCUUCCUCAUCUCCUCCCUCUUGCUCAACAUCCUAGCAAAAACUAAUAAGACAGAGAAAAAGAAGGACCCUCCAGGUCCAUGGCGUCUCCCCAUCGUCGGUAACCUCUUUCUUCUCAAUCCCAAUAAGCCUCUCCGCUCCCUCAUCAGCCUCUCAAAUAAGCAUGGCCCUCUUAUCCUCCUCCACCUUGGCUCCAUCCCCACCCUUGUCGUCUCCUCCCGCGACAUAGCAGAGGAAAUCUUCACCAAGCAUGACCUCACCUUCUCCGGCCGCCCUUUUCUCACCGUAGCUAAGAAGCUCUUAUACAACAGCUCCAGCAUCGCCUUUGCUCCCUACGGCGACCACUGGCGCCAAGCUCGCAAGAUCGCCAUGCUCGAGCUUCUUAGCUCUCGUCGUGUUCGAUCUUUUGAAGCCGUGCGAAGGGAAGAAGUGGAGAAGCUCGUAGCCACUAUCAGAGAUCUCUCAAUAGCUAACUUGAGCGAGUUAACGCUUUCAUUCACAAAUAAUGUGGUUUGUCGAGCGGCGCUUGGUGAUGAGUUUGGAGAUGGGGGGUAUGGUGGAAAAGGAGGAGUAUGGCUUCAUCAGCUACUUUCAGAGACUCAAAGCUUGUUUGGUGGUUUCUGUGUAGCAGAUUUCUUUCCUGGGAUGGAAUGGAUUGAUCGAUUAAGAGGAUUUCAUGGAAGGAUGGAAAAGAAUUUUGAGGAGAUGAAUACAUUUUUUGAUAGAGUUAUUUAUGAGCAUCUUAAAAUGAGAGAAAAAGAAGAAGAGAUAAGAGGUGAGGAGGAGAAGGAUUUGGUGCAUGUUUUGCUGAGGCUCCAUAAAGCUGCAGUCCUUCAUGGAGGUUUUUUGAGUAACAUAGACCAUGUCAAGGCUAUCUUAGUUGUAAAAAGGAAGCCAUCAUGGAACCGUCGGGUCGGGUCCUACCGGAAGUUGACGAGUAGCCCGAGCUCUUCAAUCAAAAAGAUUGUUUGGGUCAAACCGAACCGACCCACGGACAUGGCCACUGAAGCGCAACUGCCCAGCGACAGCAGUGGGUUGACGACCAGCGGUAGUAGAAGCCGGCGGAAGCGGGACGCGCUACGCGGAAUUGACGCGGGACGUGCGCGAGUGUGUUACGCAGAACUAACGUCGACAACUGACGCGAGACGCGGAACUGAGGCCGGAUGUGACGCUACUAUGGCCUCGAGACGCGGCGCGAUGCGGUUGGGCAGCCGGGGCAAGCGAGCAGGCGGGCGUGGGGCAGGCAAGGCAAGGUCAUUCCGGGCAUACGCGGGGCAGGAAGCAUUCAUAGCUGGAACAGAUACAUCAUCAGCUACAAUAAUAUGGGCAAUGAUAGAGCUGAUAAGAAAUCCAAGAGUAAUGAAGAAAUUACAAGAAGAACUUCAAAAGGCCACCAAUGGAAACUCACACAGACUCAUCCAAGAAAGCGAACUUGAAAAGCUUGAAUACCUCAAACAAGUUAUAAAGGAAUCACUAAGACUAAAACCUCCUUUGAUUCCACGUGAAACCAUCCAGGAAUGUGAAAUCCAAGGAUACACGAUCCCUGCUUAUACACGAGUUAUCAUAAACGCCGCUGCUAUUACCACAGACCCAAAUAUUUGGGAGAACCCCCUCGACUUUUUACCUGAAAGAUUUGAAGGAAUGGAUGUUGAUUUCAAGGGACAUGAUUUUGAGUUGUUGCCUUUUGGCUUCGGGAGGAGAAAGUGCCCAGGGAUCAACUUCACGAUGGUGAUUGUCGAACUUGCCUUGGCCAAUCUCCUCCAUUGUUUUGAUUGGUCAAUACCAAAUGGAAUAAAGGCUGAAGAUAUCAAUAUGGAGGAGGCUAUUGGAGUUGCAAGACACAAGAAAGAGGCGCUUUGCUUGGUUGCUAAACCUAAGUGGUGAGGAAGAAGCUUAACCUAAUUACAUAUAUAUGAUCCUAUAUUUAGUGGAAGGACAAAGAUAAAAAUAAAAAGAUAAAUCAAAAUAAAAUUUA